CAAAUACUUGUCGGCUGCUGAUGGUGUCAUAAUGGAGUACAAGAACAGGUCGAGGACCAGAGCUUCCUUCGCCAGCUACUCCUCCAGGAGGUUCCUCAAGCCCUCCAAGGUGAAGGAUAGCUCAAUAUUCUGGUGGCUGUUGGCGAUGGCUCGACUCUACCUGGCAACCGUACAGACAGGAUACAUCCACCCAGACGAGUUUCAUCAGUCUGUCCAGGUGAUGGCACGUGACGUAUUGAACAUAGAUGCCAAGAAACCAUGGGAAUUCAGCACAGAGGAUCCCAUCAGAUCAGUCACUUUCUCUGCCCUGGUAUCCUUACCUUAUUUUUUUAUGAAAUACUCUGCACCAUUUUUCACUUACUUCCUGGGAUAUGAUCUGCAGACCCCAUAUAACUUACUCAUUGCUCCACGGAUCUUUAUGACAUUUUUAUCUUAUGCCGACUACAGCAUUUACAGAAUUGCUCGAAUGUGUUACCUCAAACCUUGGAGUUGUGUUGAAGUAUUUGCUAGUUCAUAUAUUAUGCUAGUUUAUGCAACAAGAACAUUUUCAAACACGAUGGAACUUAUCCUCAUGUCAGUGCUGCUGUGGCGUGUGUGUGAGUCUAUGGUCGAUAGCACUAAAAUUAUACGAAAGCAGACCAUCUUACAGGACCUCUAUGAAACUGCAGAGAGCCUCAAGGAUAAAGUGAAAUUAGUUCGUAUGAAGAGUAAAUUACCUCCCUACAAUUAUGUUGAUAGUGCUGUUAUAUCAGUGGUUAUAACAUAUGGUGCUUUUGUAAGGCCCACUUUUGUAGUAUAUUCUUUUAUUCCUGUUGCAUUCUGGCUACAGAGAGGCGUGGUAACAAAAGAAGUGGAUUUCUCUUAUUUUAAUCUUCGGUGCCUAAGUCUCCUUCCUGGUGUUGUGGUGACGUUCAUAGCGUGUGUGUUGGCUGACUCUUUCUAUUAUGGUUCUCUAACCUUCACCGAACUCGUGUAUUGGAAUGUAACAGGUAGAUCUUUCAUAGUAACCCCCAUCAACUUUUUGCUGUAUAACUCUCAAGAAAAUAAUUUAGCUUCCCAUGGCAUUCAUCCAUACUACCUUCACCUUGCAGUAAACUUACCGAUUCUUCACGGCAUUCUGGGUCUUUUAGGUCUGUGGUCGGUUUCCAAGUACUCUGCAAGUUUCAUUACAAAUAAUUUUACCAAAAAGCCAAAGAUAUUCAGCAUGGCUACCAUGCUGUUAAGCUCCUUCAUUCUUCCUGUUCUUGUGUUAUCAGCAAUACCUCACCAAGAACCAAGAUUCCUCUUACCUACAUUACUUCCUCUUGUUCUUCUUCACUCAGAUGAUGUUCUUUUGUCUGGCAGAAAAAUUAAGGCCUUCAAACAUUUCUGUUUCCUCAUGUGGCAUAUUUGGAAUAUUUUAUGUGUAAUUUUCUUUGGUUUUCUUCAUCAGGGAGGAGUAACAAAAACCAUGAUAAGAGUUCAUGACCAUAUAAUUCAUCGACCGCCUCACACCAAUGUGCAUAUUAUAUUCUCACAUAUGUAUACUCCUCCCACUUUCCUCCUUAUGAGAAGAAUAAAUGUCAUUGCUGUAACGGAAGAAGGCCGCAGGUACCGCAUUGCUAAGUCUGUGUUUACUUACGAUGUUGGGGGUUCUAAACCAGUUGAAGAUUUGCACAACAUAUCAGCUCAGAUAUAUAAGGAAGCCCUUCAGAACUCUACCAGAGAUGCAGAUCUUCUUAUAUGCCUCCCAGCAAGUCUCUCUGAAAAGCUCUAUGACAGUACUCCAGAAAAUGUAACGCUUCAUCGGAUACAGCGUGUUCGAGGUCACUUCACUCUGGAAGAUCCUCCGGAUCUGAACAUGGAUGACGUUGAUUUUACUAGCUCGUGUGGGCAUGUCUGUCAGUUUGUGCGUCGUCUGGACCAGUUCAGCAUUGAUAUCAUUGGAGUUGACUUUGGGAAUCGCAUGAGGAGAUUCGAGAAAGAUACCUCACUAGAGAACUUGUCUCAAGUUUACAAAGACACUAAUGAUGCAAACAUGGUUUCUUUUGAAUCAGAUGAGGAAACCUCUUUUGAAAACGAAGAGCAUUCUGAUGUGAAUGAAGAGGCUUUAGGUAUCAACUUAUCUGAACCUUUUGAAGUUGACCAAAACAGACGUAAUGAGCUUUAACAGUAUAUAUUUUAAUUAAAAAAAAUUCUUUUUACUGGGUAUUUUUUAGGCACAGUACAAAAAAAUAGAGAAAUAAUACCUGUAUUAUUCAAGUACUGUAUGAAUUUUGGUGCCAGGUUGGUAUAAGUUUGUUGAUUGACUUAUUUUAUCGAUUAUCAAUGCUCAUUUAGCUGCUAAUUGAAUCAACUAACACUUACAUAUCUUUUGCUGAAUAUCUUUCUCAGAUAAUUAAGAUAGGCUUCUGUUUAGAGUUAAAAUUACUUGUUUGCUAGUACAUGAUGCAAAGCUAAUCAUACCUUUGAUAUACCUUUGAUGAGUUUCGAGAGUUUUUCUACUCCCAGAGCCUGGCCAUGGGCCAGACUCAUCUUGUGUUUGCUUGGUCAACCAGGCUGUUGCUGCUGGUGGCCCACUGCCCCACCCAUCCAUCACGGUCAUCACAGUGUUUAUUCUUCUUAAUAUUCAUCAUGAGGGAAUGAAUAAUUCUGAGUAUGUGUUGUACUGUAUAAUACUGCACUAUCAUUGAUGUUGCUCUGUUUGGAUGAUCUAAGUGAAAUCGGGUGUUGUGUACACUGCACAGUGUCCCAGUAUUAAAAUUCUGAUAGUUUUUUUAGCAUGUAUUAACUGGUUUAUCCUCACCUCAUAAAAGAUGUCAACAAAUUAAUGAUUAUAAUACAAAUGUCAUUACAGUACAGUACAUAUGUUAAAUCAUGAGCUCCUCAUUUCAGACAUUUGAAAUGGCUAAUCCUGAUAUCUAUGAUAUAGCAUGUGUAUUUAGAGUACUAGGAAAAGUGUUAUAUGUACACUGUAGUGGAAUGUCAGAGAUUUUUCCCUGUAUUUGAAAAAAUUGUUAAAUGGCUUUAAAAAUGUAAAUUGCCUUUCAAGAAAUAGUUGUAUGUAGCAGGCAUAUGAAACAAAUGUUCUUUGGAUAGGAUGUGCCUUGUUAAUGAAUAGAUCUGAAGUUCUGAUUCUUCUUUUAUCACAUCAGCUGUUUCCCCAGGAAGGUAGGGCAACCUAAAGAAGGAAACAACAUUCACUACUCUUGCACUGGCAACCUUGCCAUGGGUGAGAGUACAUUACGAUUCAGAUGACCCUCUGAACUGCAGCAUCCCAACCAUCGCUCAGAGUGCAGACACCCUAUUUCCUGCCUCAAAUACGAAAAAGACUUUUGUGGUACAGGAUUCUGGAUUUGCUGGAAUGCCUAAGAAUGUAACCAGUCAAUUUAAAGGUUGCAGUGUAUAAGUAAGUAGUGGGGUAA